AUGGCUGCUGUGCAUGAACGGGUCCAGCAAGCGCUGGAGGCAAAGGAGUUCCAGGAAAUAGCACCGAUCCUGGAUCAAGCAGAGCUAGAGCAAAAUCCAGAGGCAGACGCAGUGUGGCGUCUCCUGCAGUACUGCUGGGGGCGCAACUACGCGGGCACCUGGCAGGCGCUGACAGCUCACCAGUGGAGCCCGCAGGCGCGUCCCGUGCAGCCGCUGGUGGAGGCGGUGGUGGAGAAGACGCGGCAGCGGAUGGCCAAGCUGCUGGCGGCUGCGUACUCACAGGUGUCCCCAGCGAAGGCGGCCCUGCUGCUGGGUGUCAGCGAGGGCGACGCGGUGGCCCUCGCGCAGUCUCUCGGCUGGGAGCACGGCCCCGCGGCGCCUGGCGGCGCUGCGAUGCUGCGGCCGCGGGAAGCCAAGCCGGAGGGGGCUGGGCUCGACAGCCGCGCGGCCCUGGAGCAGCUGACUCAGUACAUGGUGCACCUUGAGGGCUGA